GCCUGCUGAAGCAUAAAACAUCAGAGGGCACGGCUUGAAAGAGGGACCAAACUCAGUGUAAACUCAUGCCAAAUUACUGGUCACUCAGCUGAGCAGAGAACCCACCCUUAUGCCUUCACAGGUCCCGAACCAGCUCUUCUUGAUGCCAGCUGUAAGUUCAAGCUAACAACGGAAGGUUCAUUCAGUCAUCAUGACAGAAAACAUGAGAAGAGGCAGCUGCUUGCACCAUAGGCUCGCACUCUCCCUGAUGCUGUCAACUUUUACACAUGUUACUUUUCCAGCAUUUAUGAGAUCACGUAACCAUUCUACCUGGCCAAAGCCCCCAUGCAAAAUGUAUUACCCAACAGACCCCGAUUAUGAAGCAAUCUGUCCAGAUGUUGAAGCGUUUGUUUGUGCUGCAAAUGGCGUUACCUACAAAAACGAAUGCUUCUUUUGUAUUGCUAAAUGGGAAUUUGGACCUCAUAUUGCCUUUGUCAAAUAUGGAAAGUGUCACUAGUUGCUAACGGAAGACCUUCACUCGC